CGGGCUGCGCGCUGCGGCGGGGAGGCUGAGGGCGCGGAUCCGGAGCGGCAGGAGGCGGAGGGGGGGCCGCGCUCCCCCCGGGAAGAUGGGGAACUGCCUCAAGUCCCCCACCUCGGAUGACAUCUCGCUGCUCCACGAGUCCCAGUCGGACAGAGCUAGCUACGGAGACGGGGCUGAGCCGGAUCAGGAGCCGCCGCCGCCAUAUCAGGAGCAGGUGCCCGUCCCUGUGUAUCACCCCACGCCCAGCCAGACGCGGCUGGCCACGCAGCUGACGGAGGAGGAGCAGAUCCGCAUCGCGCAGCGCAUCGGCCUCAUCCAGCACCUGCCCAAGGGCGUCUACGACCCCGGCAGGGACGGCUCCGAGAAGAAGAUCCGAGAAUGUGUCAUUUGUAUGAUGGACUUUGUUUAUGGGGACCCUAUCCGAUUUCUGCCGUGCAUGCACAUUUACCACCUGGACUGUAUAGAUGACUGGUUGAUGAGAUCCUUUACCUGUCCAUCCUGCAUGGAGCCAGUGGAUGCAGCACUGCUUUCAUCAUAUGAGACUAACUGAGCCAGGGUUUCUCUACUGAACCUUCGAGGAGACCAUCCACUUCAAUGGGUUUGAUCCUUUUGUCAUUCAGCCCAAAGAGCCAGGAAUUAGGAAUUAAGAUCAUGCACAAAGUAUACAUUUCCUAAUAAAUAAAAAAAAAUAUUCCUGAAUGGCUGCAAAUAUUGGAAAACAUAGUAUUUUAGAGACUAUAGAAAAGUAGGUUGUUAUUUUUAAUGUAAAGCCUUGACCCACCAUUGUCUUUUAAUGUUUGUUCUUACACCCAUAUAUAGGAAUUGUGUAAAGUGUUACAGCAACUGUAAAUGUUUAAACUGCGUGUAUCCAAUUUUAUUAGCAGCAAGAUAAGAGUAUUUUUUUCCUAAAUAAAGUAACCAGUUUUGUUCUGAUUCUUUUCACAAGUCCUGGCAUUUGGGUCAAGGCUUUAUUGAAAUCUACAUUUUAUAACACUGGCACAAAGAAAUAGUUUUAAGCUUGUUUGCACAGUUCUUUUUCUUUUUCUUUUUUUUUUUUUUCCAUUGGAGAUGGAAUUCAUUGCCUUAGGUCUUUUUAAUAGUGUAUUGUUAUUGUUGGGCUGGCUCUAUGCUUGAAAACCAGUUUAUUUAUAACCUGUUAAAAGUGCUAUAUUUUGUUUGCAGUUAGGAAUAUGCAGACUUCAAAGUGAUCUCCUAGCUUAUAAGCAAACUGAGAUGCAUUAUCCCUUUUCUACAAGUGAUGCAGAUUAUGAAGAUAUGACACAAGUCCUGCAGUGAAACUCUGGUUUCAUGGGGGUUUUUUUAUAACUUCCUUCGGUUUUGAUGAAAUAACAGUCCUUAAACUUUGUGACCUUUAACUUGAUCAGAUUAAAAGUGGGCCAGAUGAACAAUAAAUAGUUAAGCUGCCAUAACUGAAAAAGAAAAUAUUUGGAACUAAUCUAGUGUUAGCAUUGAUCACUUAUUCUGUUUUUUUUUCUCCCUACAAUGGUUGUCUUGGAUAAUAGCAAAUGGAUACUGCAUCUCUCGUUCUUGUAGUUCUUAGGUUAUCAGAAGUUAAGAAUAAACAUACUGUAUCUCA